CUCACUAUCUAAAUUCCCGUUAUCAAUUUCCAGCGCCAGCCUCUUCCUUUCAAAUUUCAGGUAUUCGGUUAACCUUCUCUGCGUCAUAUCAUCAAACAGAGAGUGAAUGAGAAGAUGAGCAGAGGUUGCCGGGAGGUGGAGCGGAGAAUCCUCCGCCUCCUCCACGGCCGCGAAACCCGAACCCAGCUCACCCAAAUCCACGCCCACUUCCUCCGCCACCACCUCCAUCAACUGAACCAGAUACUCGCGCACUUCGUCUUGGUUUGUGGUUCCCUUAAUAAAAUGGCAUACGCGAAUCUCGUCUUUCGCCAAACCCAAAACCCCAAUCUCAUCCUCUUCAACUCCAUGAUCAAAGGGCAUUCCGUUUCAGGGCCUUUUGAAGAAUCCCUUUGCUUCUUCUCCUUGAUGAAAAACCGCGGAAUUUGGCCCGACGAGUACACGUUUGCCCCUUUGCUGAAAUCGUGUUCCAGUCUUGGUGAUCUCAGACUCGGAGAAGGAGUUCACGCGGAGAUUCUCACAAGUGGGUUUGAAUGUUAUGGUUCGAUUCGUGUUGGGAUUGUUGAAUUGUACGCGGUCUCUGGGAGAAUGGGCGAGGCCAAGAAGGUGUUCGAUGAAAUGCUUCAGAGAGAUGCCAUUGUUUGGAAUUUGAUGAUUCGUGGGUUUUGCAAGAUGGGAGACAUUGAUAUGGGGUUUUAUCUUUUUAGGCAGAUGAGCGAAAAGAACAUUGUCUCUUGGAAUACCAUGAUCUCUUGUUUGUCACAAAGUGGCUGGGACAGUGAGGCUUUGGGCCUAUUUCGAGAAAUGCAAGAUCACGGUUUUGAACCCGAUGAGGCUACGGUGGUCACUAUGCUGCCUAUCUGUGCUCGUUUGGGAGCUGUCGAUGUCGGGCAAUGGAUCCACUCUAAUGCCAAAUCUAGUGGACUAUUUGGAGAUGUUAUCUCUGUGGGGAAUUCGUUAGUGGAUUUUUAUUGUAAAUGUGGUAGUUUGGAAACUGCUUUCCAGGUUUUCAAGGAAAUGGCUCAUAAAAAUGUUGUUUCCUGGAACACCAUGAUCUCUGGUCUGGCUUUUAACAGUAAAGGUGAACUUGGAGUUAACUUGUUUGAAGAGAUGAUAGGCAAAGGCGUCAAUCCUAACGAUGCUACCUUCGUGGGGGUUUUAGCUUGUUGCACACAUGCUGGGUUGCUGGAAAGAGGGCGGGAGUUGUUUGCUUCAAUGACUGUAAAUCACCAUUUAGAGCCUAAAAUUGAGCAUUAUGGAUGUGUGGUUGAUCUUCUCGGGCGAAGUGGAUGCAUUGAUGAGGCUCAUGGCUUGAUUAGAGGUAUGUCAGUUAGGCCAAAUGCUGCUUUGUGGGGUGCAUUUAUUAGUGCUUGUCGCACUCAUGGCAAGACAGAACUUGCAGAAUAUGCAGUUAAAGAGCUCAUCGAUCUUGAGCCAUGGAAUUCUGGUAAUUAUGUGUUGUUGUCGAAUAUUUAUGCUGAAGAGGGGAAAUGGGAUGAAGUGGAGAAGGUGAGAGUGUUGAUGAGGGAAAGAAGUGUCAAGAAAGUUCCAGGAGCAAGCAUGGUCAGGUAAUUUGUGCAGCAAGUAAUUUAGUCUUGUAAUUUUAUGUUUCCUUGAAAUGAUGUGAGGGUGUGGAUUUUGAAGAGACAAAUAUGAAAAUUACAUGUAAAUCAGAAAUUUUGAUUUAUUUCA